ACUAGUUACUUCCAAUAAUAUUUAUAUGAGAACAGCUGUUUCAUCAUUUAUAUUUAUCUAGUUGUAGUCGUUUUAUGGUGUUAUAUGUGUUGUGUGUGAAUUUUAAAUUUCUGAAAAUGUUCUUUUUGAGGGGAAAACAAAAAGGUCCUAGUAAGACCACUGGCUUCGGCACAGCAUUCUCCACAACUCCAGCCACCACAGCCUCCACAGGUUUCAGCUUCGGCUCCAACCCAGCAUUCGGGGCGUCCCAAACGCCCGCCUUCGGUGCUACCGCCCAGACCUCAGCGUUUGGCGCCACAGCUCAGACGCCCGGGUUUGGCGCGUCCCAGACGCCAGCUUUUGGCGCCCCCUCUCAGACUCCAGCGUUCGGCGCGACCUCUCAGACGCCCGCCUUCGGCGCCAACCAGACAUCAGGUUUCGGCGCUGCGCAGACGUCAGGUUUCGGUGCUACAUCGCAAACGUCAGGAUUUGGGUCGGCGUUUGGUGCCGGUACCAGCACGGGUUUUGGAAGCAGCUUCGGCGCUCCAGCUACUUCUGCGCCGGCCUUCGGGUCUACGUUUGGAGGGGCAGCUACCUCGACCCCCUCCUUUGGUUUUGGUUCCACGACUAGUACUACUGGAGGAGGUCUUUUCGGCGCAUCAACCAGCAAGCCGAGUUUGUUUGGGGCACCUUCAACGUCUACCCCUAGUUUAUUCUCGACACCAGCUACAGGAGGCACAGGACUGUUUGGAGCAACAACGUCCCAAGCACCCAACCUAUUUGGAACCUCAACGACUCCCAGUCUUUUCGGCACCACGACAACGACAUCAGCGCCCUCUUUAUUCGGUUCGAGUUUCGGUACAGGAACCGCAGGUACCGGAUUGUUCGGGAGCACCGGAACCCAAUCGUCUAACCUUUUCGGCGGCUUCGGUUCUACCUCAAGUGAGUUUGCGAUUCGAAUCGAAUUCGUUUUGGUUAACUUUCGUCGUUUUGCUUCUACCGGCUUCACUGGGUUCGGUGGUACUACAGGAUUUGGCGGAACGAACACAGCUCCAUCUCUGUUUGGAUCUAAUCUUGGAGCGCCUUUUGGUGCCAAACCUCAGGAACAGCAAACUCAAGUUUCUGCUGCAGACAACCAUCUCCAACAGGUAUUAGCUUCAUUCUAUGCGGUCAAUAUAUUCAACGAUGAGAGAGAUGACAUCAUCAAGAAAUGGAACAUGUUACAAGCGAGCUGGGGAACUGGCAAAGGGUACUAUGGUCCUAAUCAGCAAGUGCAGUAUACCAGCGCCAAUCCACUCUUCCGCUUCAAGGCCGUCGGCUACAACAUAAUAAUUGACGCUGACAAUUCUGAAGGAAUGGUCAAGAUGACGUUCAAUAAGAAGGAAUCAGAGAUAAGGGCUCAAAAGGAUGCAAUUGUCAACGGCAUCAGUGGAAUCUUGGGCAACAAACCAAAUUUGACGGUCGUCGUGGAUGACAUAAGGGGGUUGAACGAUAAUCAGACGGAAGUGAGGAUAGUCGUUUCCGAAAAAGGAGUCACGGGUACCAGUAGGAAAAUACCGGCGACUGAUUUAUCCGCUUUCCUGAACCAGCCCGCACAGAAGCAACAGUUGACCAACGUAGGCGUGUCUUACAUUUGCGCCUACGUGACUCCCACCAAAUCGGAACUGGAGGAAUAUCUGAGCAAACCGCCACCAGGAAUUGAUACGCAGAUGUGGGAGGCAGCAAAGAUCGACAAUCCAAACCCAAAGAAGUACAUGCCGGUUGCCAUAAACGGUUUUACAGACUUGAAGAGCCGAAUGCACAAUCAAGAGUAUGAAACUGGUCUUCAUAAGGCAUUUUUGCAGAAAGUGGAUAAGGAUAUAUCAGAGUUGAGGAAGAAGCACGCAGCCUCUAUUGCGCAGAUUACAGAUUUGAAACAGAAAUUCCUGCAAUUGCAACAUAGGAUCCUCAGGGUUUUGGUUAAACAAGAGUGCACUAGAAAAGUUGGUUUCACUAUUCAACCAGAGGAAGAGCUACUGAAAGGAAGACUGGAAACACUUAAUGCUCACUUGAAUACACCAACACAGUUCAAGGGUCAACUGAUCGAACUUAUGUCGUGCAUAAAAACUGUUGGGAACAUUGGACGUCAAUACAACGAGCACUACAACAUAGAUCCUCAAGUACAAGAAGACAUCAAGCAAUUCUUGCAAAUGGAGCAGAGUGGGAUUUCACAUCUGAUCAACAUCAUCAACACUGACUUGCAAGCCUUGAAGAUAAUAUCUGAAGGAAUGAAUCAGUUUUUAAAAGCCAAAGCUCCUCUUUUAUGAGUUUAAUUUGAGUAUUUUGAAUUUUUUCAAUUGAAGUAUGAUGUUGUUGGAUGUAUAAACUGAUGAAAUUUCGAUUUUAAUAAAUGAAUAUUAUUUUCCAA